CACGUUCCUCCGGCCCCGCUGUUGUCCAGACAACUAUUUGUUGAAGAGUUGCCUUCCUUCCAUUGUUAGCAAUUAUCGCUGUUUUGUUGAAAAUGUCUUCAGAGGAAUGUCAAUGUGUUGAUGAGGAAUGUGCUUGUGUUGAGGACAGUCCAUGUGUUGAAGAGCACGCUUCUCCCAUGUCUUCUCAAGACUCCAAAAUAAUCGCCAUGCCUCAGCCAAAGAUUGUCGACAUGGGCUCUGCCUUCAUCCAGACGCAGCAGCUCAACGCUGCUAUGGCUGACACCUUUCUGGAACACAUGUGCCUGCUGGACAUUGACUCAGAACCCACCACCGCACGCAACACUGGCAUCAUCUGCACCAUUGGUCCAGCCUCUCGCUCUGUGGACAUGCUGAAGGAGAUGAUCAAGUCCGGAAUGAACAUUGCACGGUUGAACUUCUCCCAUGGCACACAUGAGUACCAUGCUGAAACCAUCAAGAAUGUGCGCGAGGCAUGUGAGAGCUUCGAACCAGGUAGCAUCCAAUAUCGGCCUAUCGGUAUUGCCCUGGACACCAAGGGCCCAGAGAUCAGAACCGGCCUCAUUCAGGGAAGCGGUACAGCUGAAGUGGAGCUGAAGAAAGGCAAGAUGAUCAAGAUCACCUUGGAUGACAGCUACCAGGAGAAAUGCAGUGAUGAGAUCUUGUGGCUUGAUUACAAGAACAUCACCAAAGUUGUAGAACCUGGCAGCAAUAUCUACAUUGAUGAUGGACUCAUAUCGCUGCAGGUCAAGGAGAUCGGGUCUGAUUUCCUGAUGUGUGAGAUUGAGAACGGUGGCACCCUGGGCAGCAAGAAGGGCGUCAACUUGCCCGGCGCCGCCGUCGACCUGCCUGCUGUCUCAGAGAAAGACAUCCAGGACCUGACGUUUGGAGUGGAGCAGGGCGUUGACAUGGUGUUCGCCUCCUUCAUCCGCAAAGCCGCGGACGUCCAUGCCGUCAGGGCUGUGCUGGGCGAGAAAGGGAAGAACAUAAAGAUCAUCAGCAAGCUGGAGAACCACGAAGGCGUGCGUAGGUUCGAUGAGAUCAUGGAAGCCAGCGAUGGCAUCAUGGUUGCCCGUGGUGACCUUGGUAUUGAGAUCCCCACCGAAAAAGUCUUCGUAGCCCAAAAGAUGAUGAUUGGCCGAUGCAACAGAGCAGGAAAACCUAUCACUUGUGCCACUCAGAUGCUGGAGAGCAUGAUCAAGAAGCCGCGACCCACCCGUGCUGAAGGCAGCGACGUUGCCAACGCCGUGCUGGACGGGGCGGACUGCAUCAUGCUGAGCGGCGAGACAGCAAAGGGAGACUACCCUCUGGAGGCCGUCCGCACACAGCACAUGAUUGCUCGCGAAGCCGAGGCCGCCAUGUUUCACCGUCAGGUGUUCGAGGACCUGCGUCGAUCCACACCGCACUGCAAAGACCCCGCCGAGGCCAUCGCCAUUGGCGCUGUUGAGGCCUCCUUUAAGAGCUUGGCCUCAGCCAUCAUUGUGCUCACGGGCUCUGGAAGGUCUGCUCACCUUAUCUCGAGGUACAGGCCCCGUGCUCCCAUCCUGGCGGUGACUCGUAAUGCCCAGACUGCCCGCCAAGCUCACCUGUACCGUGGGAUCUUUCCAGUCCUCUACACCACUCCUGCCCACGACGUGUGGGCUGAGGAUGUUGACAUGCGUGUCAACUUCGCAAUGGAUAUGGGCAAGGUGAGAGGAUUCUUUAAGGAGGGUGACGUUGUUAUCGUCCUGACGGGCUGGCGUCCAGGUUCUGGUUUCACCAACACCAUGCGUGUGGUUCUGGUUCCCUAAGCGGCCAAAACAUGGGUCCACUCCACAUCUGCCUAUUCUCUGUAUAACACUCCACCAUUCAUUUCCACUGCUCCUAUGGGAGCUCGUAGAACAUCAUCCGCAAUCACACAAAAUGAUAAUCAGCGACCCAGCAGCCACAACAACCAUUACUAGUGAGGUUUUUGGUGGUUGACUUCCUGUGUCCAUUCCUUUCAUGUUUAAGUUUCAUUCAAUGAAACAAGUCUUCGGGGACCCAAUCAGAUUGACAGGCAUUGACCAGAAGCUGCUGUAUGUCUUCAAACCCCCCUCCUCCACACACACACACACACAAACCACUCCCAAAAAUCUGGUGCAUGCGUGUUUCCGCCCAUUGGGGUGGAGCCGCAUGAACACAAAACAGACCCCUGUAACAUUUUUAUUUUUGUGUGUGUAUGAAUUGUCUUCUGUGCUUUCAGUGUAUGCUGCACUCCUAAUCUUUCUCUCAACCGUUUUAGUCUAUUAUACUUGACUAUUGUGAUUAAUUAGUGUUUUGUCCAGGACAUUCCAAUCUAUUUUGUCUCAUUAGAUAAUAUGGAUGUCCCCCAUCAAAUUUGGUGACUGUAUUAUGUUACGUAGAUGUCGUAUAUAAUUUCCUGUGUAGUUGAUUAUAUAUUGAAGUUGGCACUUAGGAGUCUCACAAAAAAAAAAA